CGACCCGAAGGCACCUCUGCAGGGGGAGCCCGGAGAUUUCCUUUCCUGUCGGAGACUCCAGACCAAACAAAUAGGUUACUACUCAAGUGGAGAGGCAGCAUCUACAAACUGCUGUACAGAGAAUUUAUUGUUUUUGCUGUUCUUUACACAGCAAUAAGUUUGGCGUACAGAUUCUUACUUACAGGAGCCCAAAAACGUUACUUUGAAAAAUUAUCAAUUUACUGUGACAGAUAUGCUGAACAAAUUCCAGUAACCUUUGUGCUUGGGUUUUAUGUCACUCUCGUAGUGAACCGAUGGUGGAACCAGUUUGUGAACCUGCCCUGGCCGGACAGGCUGAUGUUCCUCAUCUCCAGCAGUGUCCACGGGAGCGACGAGCACGGCCGCCUGCUCAGGAGGACGCUGAUGCGCUACGUCAACCUCACGUCCCUGCUCAUCUUCCGCUCCGUGAGCACGGCUGUGUACAAGCGGUUCCCGACGAUGGACCAUGUGGUGGAAGCAGGUUUUAUGACAGCGGAUGAGAGAAAAUUAUUUGACCACCUCAAAUCUCCUCAUCUGAAAUAUUGGGUUCCAUUCAUCUGGUUUGGAAAUCUCGCAGCUAAAGCUCGGAAAGAAGGCAGAAUCAGAGACAGUGUGGAUCUGCAGUCACUGAUGACUGAAAUGAACCGGUAUCGCUCGUGGUGCAGCCUCUUAUUUGGUUAUGACUGGGUUGGGAUUCCGCUGGUUUACACGCAGGUCGUCACACUGGCUGUCUACACCUUCUUCUUGGCGUGCCUGAUUGGACGCCAGUUUUUGGAUCCCACCAAAGGCUACGCGGGGCAUGAUUUGGACCUCUACAUCCCGGUCUUCACUCUCCUACAGUUCUUCUUCUACGCAGGAUGGCUUAAGGUAGCGGAGCAGCUCAUCAACCCUUUUGGAGAAGAUGAUGAUGAUUUUGAAACUAACUGGUGCAUUGACAGAAACCUGCAGGUGUCCCUUUUAGCCGUGGAUGAAAUGCACAUGAGCUUACCCAAGAUGAAGAAGGACAUUUACUGGGAUGAUUCUGCUGCUCGACCGCCGUACACGCUGGCAGCUGCUGACUACUGCAUACCCUCGUUCCUGGGGUCAACAAUCCAAAUGGGGCUGUCCGGGUCCGACUUGCCCGGCGAGGAGUGGCUGUGGGAUUAUGAGAAGCCUGGCCACCGCCGGUCCGUGAUUAGAAGAGUCAAGAGGUUCCUGAGCGCCCACGAGCACCCCUCCAGCCCCAGGCGGAGAAGCUACGGGAGGCAGGCCAGCGACAGCUCCAUGUUCCUCCCGCACAGCGACCUCAGCCCGGCCAGGGAUCUGCUGGCCGUGCCCCCGAGAAGCCCCACCUGUGCCUCGGCUGCCUGGAAGCAAGCCCACACCGCCGAGGGGGGGCCCCCGCUGCACUCCAGCCUCGGAGAGCUGUCCACCAUCCGAGAGACCAGCCAGACAGGCACGAUACAGAGCCUGACUCCCCAGUCCAGUGUGAUGGGCUCCCCCACCAAAAUGCCACGGGUCCCCGAGGUACAGGUCACAGCACGGGUGCCCCUGGCGGAGGGCGACCACCACGACUCCACCACCUCCAUCCAGAGCUCUGACUUUACUGGGCUUCAGCCGGGCGAGACUGAGCAGGAGGACCCAGUGGGGUUGAUCCUGUUCACCUCUGAGAAAGGAUCACUUCCGAGAGACCCCAGUUCCCAGACAGCUUCAACCAAAGAUGAGAGAAACAUCCUCAUGUCUGCCUCCCAGGAAGACCCUCACGACAAUGACACGCCCCCCAAACGGUGGAGCCUCCCAGGGUCCAGCCGCACCUCCCUGGCAGGCCGAAGUCCACAUCCUGUGAGCCCUGAGCCGCUUCUUUUACUUGACACAGAAACAUCCUCAGAGACCAGUGGAAUCAACACUGUGGCUGGCUCACGAGUCUCUCCCGACGUGCUGUAUUUAAUGGAAAACUUGGACACCAGGGAAACCGACAUCAUCGAGUUUAACAACGAGCAGACAGAGGAGUCACCCAAAGGAAAGCCAGAACGUUCUAGGACCUGGUUCUAGCCUUGAGUCUUACUUACCUGAAAGUUCAGCAUUAGUUCCAGAGCAUACCUGACAGCUAAUUUUUUUCUAAACGAUCACCCUGUAUAAGCUACUGAAAACUCUGAAGGGCAUUAUGAUCCUGACUUUUUGAGAACUGAGAAAAUCAAACACAUUCGCACCAUCUAUCACAAAGUGACAUUCGUGGAACUUAAGCAGGCUACAGUGAUGUGUCCUAACCAAAUAAGGGAACUUAAAAAUAAGCACAUGCCUUAUAAAUUCAUAGAUUGUUAGCUGUGCAAAGGGCCUUACAGAUCAUAGUCCAGUCCCCCUAGUUUUGCCAAUAGGGAGACAAAAAAUUCUCUUUUCUCCUUUUUUUUCUUUCUUUCUUCUUUUCUUCAGUUAUAAAGACAGAGAGGUGGAUCAUGUGAUGCCUCAAAAGCCCCUCCCCAAUCACGAUUCCCUGUUUGAGGCUUUCUAAUCAUCUCAAUCCCACUUUUAUAUCUGUUAUCAUUUCCUAAUUCUUAAGCUUCGCCAGCAUCGGAAAGCUCCAUCUCCCUUCAGUCCCCUUUUCUACCUUCACGACUUCAUUCUCCUCUCUUCCCCCUUUAUUCUCUCGUCCUUUUGUCCUCUCUUCUCCCUGCUCUUGCUCCUCCAGUGACUCUCAUCUGCCCCACCUUUCAGGUAAUAGUAUUUUCUUCUGUCCGUCUCUGCUGCUUGCUUCUUGCCAUGGGUUUCAAAGUCCCGGGCAAGGCCUCCCGCAGAGCAGUCAAGGUGUCAGCAAAGCCAGCCUGACACUGUCCAGCCUGGCAAUGGAAACGGUGUGGAUGCCGCGGCUGCCCACCACACCCUGGGCCGCCAGGCCGCCUCCUUCCGCGUCCUCUCUUAGGUCUUGAACACUGGAGAAAACCGAAGCCAAGAGGACAUGAAACCUGCAUAACCAGAUGCCACAGAACCAAAUAGCAAGGCUUGAAACGGUCUCACUCAGGCUCUUAAAGCAGGAGUCCCAGUCGUGUCGCGGCAUGGGACCACGUGCCGGCCGGGUCGGCCGGGAUGCGGUAGGGUACUGGAGCUGGGAGGUGAAGGCGGUCCAGGACCGUACCAUGGGGAGGGCUCGCAUCCUCCGAGGAGCUCUUAGGGUGGCUGUGUGUUGGGGUCUCCCAACUUUGUCUGGAAGGCCAUGCUGCUCUCACUAUUUCUGUCAUGUAAAGAUGCUUGACUGCAUAUGGCUUAAGAAAUAAACUAGCCCUAAUUACUGCUGCUUA